AUGUGUGGAAUCUUUGGCUACAUCAACUACCUGGUCGAGCGGGACCGCCAGUUCAUCAUUGACACACUUCUCAAUGGUCUCUCCCGACUGGAAUACCGCGGCUACGAUUCCGCCGGUAUGGCCGUGGAUGGCGACAAGAAGAACGAAGUCCAAGCUUUCAAGGAGGUUGGCAAGGUCGCCAAGCUGAGGGAACUCAUUGCUGAGAGCAAGCCCGAUAUGACCAAGAGCUUCGAGUCCCACGCUGGUAUCUCUCACACUCGUUGGGCUACCCACGGCACACCUACCCGUCAGAACUGCCACCCCCACCGAUCUGACGCCACCUGGGAGUUCGCGGUUGUCCACAACGGUAUCAUCACCAACUACAAGGAAUUGAAGGCCCUCUUGGAGAGCAAGGGCUUCCGCUUUGAGACUGAGACCGAUACCGAGUGCAUUGCCAAGCUCGCCAAGUACCUUUACGAUCAACACCCGGACAUUGAAUUCACUGUCCUGGCUAAGGCCGUUAUCAAGGAGCUCGAGGGUGCUUUCGGUCUGCUGCUCAAGGUUCCCCCGCUGGUCAUCGGUGUGCGUACCUCCAAGAAGAUGAAGGUCGACUUUGUCGAUGUCGAGUUCUCCGAAGAGGGUGCUCUUCCUGCGGAGCAGGCCUCCCAGAACGCUGCUAUCAAGAAGUCAUCUGCCAGCCUUCUGGCUCCCCCUGACAAGUCCCUCCUCCACCGCUCCCAGUCCCGGGCUUUCCUUUCCGAUGACGUUCUUCCUGUCUUCCGACCCCUCGCCAUUGUCGAGCACACCAAGAAGGUCCUCUACCUGGAGGAUGAUGACAUUGCUCACAUCCACGAGGGUCAGCUGAACAUCCACCGUCUUACCAAGGAUGACGGUACCUCCAACGUCCGUACCAUCCAGACUAUUGAGCUGGAGCUACAGGAGAUCAUGAAGGGUAAGUUCGACCACUUCAUGCAGAAGGAGAUUUUCGAGCAGCCCGAGUCCAUUGUCAACACCAUGCGUGGUCGUCUGGAUGCUGUCAACAAGAAGGUCACUUUGGGUGGUCUUCGCCAGUACAUCUCCACCAUCCGUCGCUGCCGUCGUCUCAUAUUCAUUGCCUGCGGUACCAGCUACCACUCUUGCAUGGCUGUCCGUGGUGUCUUCGAGGAGUUGACUGAGAUCCCUAUCGCUGUCGAGCUGGCCUCGGAUUUCCUGGACCGACAGGCACCUGUCUUCCGUGAUGACACCUGUGUCUUCGUCUCCCAGUCUGGUGAGACUGCCGACUCCCUGAUGGCCCUCCGCUACUGCUUGGAGCGUGGUGCCCUCACCGUCGGUGUGGUUAACGUUGUUGGAUCAUCCAUUUCCCUCCUGACCCACUGUGGUGUUCACAUUAACGCCGGUCCCGAGAUCGGUGUCGCCUCCACCAAGGCCUAUACCUCGCAAUUCGUUGCCAUGGUCAUGUUCGCUCUUUCUCUUAGCGAAGACCGAGCCUCCAAGCAUCAGCGCCGUGAGGAGAUUAUGGAGGGUCUUGGCAAGAUCUCUGAGCAAUUCCGUGAGAUCCUCAAGCUGAACGACUCCAUCAAGGACAUGUGCGCCAAGUUCUUCAAGGACCAGAAGAGUCUGCUGCUCCUGGGCCGUGGUGCCCAGUUCCCCACUGCUCUGGAGGGUGCCCUGAAGAUCAAGGAGAUCUCAUACCUUCACUGCGAGGCCGUCAUGUCUGGUGAGCUGAAGCACGGUGUUCUGGCCCUCGUUGACGAGAACCUGCCUAUCAUCAUGAUUCUCACCCGUGACAACCUGUUCACCAAGUCCCUGAACGCAUACCAGCAGGUCAUUGCUCGUGGUGGCCGUCCCAUUGUCAUCUGCAACCCCGAGGACCCCGAGUUCUCAGCCGCACAGACCGAGAAGAUCGCCGUCCCCAAGACUGUCGACUGCCUUCAGGGUCUGUUGAACGUUAUUCCCCUGCAGCUGGUUUCCUACUGGCUCGCCGUCGGCGAGGGUCUCAACGUUGAUUUCCCUCGUAACCUGGCCAAGUCGGUUACUGUCGAAUAA